AUGAGCUCGAAGAACAAGCGCCCUUUAAUAAAAAUGAUAUUAAUUGGUGAUUCUGGUGUUGGGAAGUCAUGUUUGAUGAAUCAGUUCAUAAAUAAAGCCUUUGUCUCUGAAUACAAAGCGACAAUAGGUGCAGAUUUUUUGACACGUGAGCUUGACGUUAAUGGCGACCAAGUAGCUUUGCAAGUGUGGGAUACUGCUGGCCAUGAAAAGUUCAUGAGUUUUGGGCAAGCAUUUUACCGAGGGAGUGAGUGUUGUUUUCUUGUGUGCGACGUGACCAACGAAAAGUCGUUUGAGAGUUUAGACACCUGGAAAGCCGAAUUCAUCAAAGGUGCGUGUCCAUCCAACCCAUCUGAAUUUCCAUUUGUCGUAUUAGCCAACAAAGUUGACGAAGAUGCAAACACUCGUGUCGUUACAGCACAACAGCUGAAAGAUUGGUCUUCUCGAAACAAUGAUAUCCCUUAUUAUGAAACAAGUGCAAAGACAGGCAUGCAUGUCGAAGAAGCUUUCAUCAAUGUAGCAAAUCGUGUCAUGAAAGCAAUUAAAAAGGAUACUUCCUCUCAACCUCCAAUUGCAACUAUUUCUCUUGAGUCUACCACUCCCCAAGAAAAGCCUCAAGAACCCUCAAAAAAUGGAUGCUGCUAA